AAGGUGAGUGACGCCUCAGGAGCGGCAGCUCGGCCCGCAGGGAUUGACGGGCGACUCAGCCAAUGGAGCUGCGCACGGCAGCCCUGCGCGGCCGGCCCGUCCCCGCUCCCGGCCCGGCCCGGCCCGCCCGCCGCGCCAUGGAGGCCGUGCUGGCGCAGGUGGAGCAGCUGCCGGCGCUGCUGGCCGUGUCCCGCUCCGCCUUGGUGCGGGACUGGGACCCCCUCACCCUGGACAGGGCUCUAGAGUGGGCGCGGUAUUUCCAGCACCUCCACGAGCGGUUCCGCGCCCGGCCCCAGCUCCGGGAGGCCCUGGGGCGGCGGCUGCGCCGCCCUCAGCCGUACCCCGCGCUCGGCUUCCCCGCGCUGGGCCGCUGCCCGCAGCUGCUGGGGCUGGCGCUGCUGGAGAACCGCGCCUUGCCGCCCGCCGCCUGCCGCCGCCUGCUGCGCCGCCUGCUGCAGCCGCCCGGCGCGGGCAGCGGCCCCGAGCCCUGCGGCCUGCAGCUGCUGGCCCGCCGCAAGGCCGCGGCCCGCCUGCUGGCGUUGCCCCGCCGCCCGCCGCCGGGGCCCGCCGGCCCGGAGGGAGAGGCGCGGCUGCAGGCAGAGGCAGGGCUGCAGGGAGAUGCAGCGCUGCAGGCAGGGCUGCAGGCAGAGGCGCAGCUGCUGCUGAGGCGGCUGCGGGAGGAGCGGCAGGAGGGCGGGGAGGCGGCGGGGCAGCGGCGCUGGCUGGGCCGCGCUCUGGAGCCGCUGGCCCGGCCCCGCGCCCUGCAGGUGGUGGCGGCCGCGCUGGCUCUGCUCGCAGACGCGGAUCGGAACGGGGCCAGCCCGGACGGGCUCCGGGCCAGUACCGCGGGAGAUGGAGGCACGGCCGGGCUGCUGCUUUCCUGGCUGCUGGGCAACCAGGAGCGAUUUUCUGCCUUCUGCCUGUGCCUGCCGUGUUCCCGUCUUGCCUUCCUCGCCGGUCGCUAUUCCCAGUUGCGCACAUCUUACUUGGACCUCUUAACCUGCUGGGGAAGCCGCUUGCACUAUGACCCCUUGCAGGGACGGUGGGUUCAAAGUUGCCUUGACAAAGCAGCAGUGUCCUGGGAAGAAUUAAAGGAGCGCUUCAGCUGCCUCUGUCAGGGAUCCACACCACUUAAAGAACAGACCCAGGCUGCUCUGAAGCUCCUGAGGACACAAGACGGAGACUUUACAGUCUGUGGCCUGAGCGUGUGGACUGACUUGCUGACGGAAGUAGGCUGUUAACGUAUGGACACAAAAGCAUCGUGAAAACUUAGAAAAACACGUAAAUCUGUUUACCUUGAUUUGAUGCAAAAGGCAAGACAAGUAUGCCUCACUUCACUGAAAACCAAAUGCUGUUGAGACUGCUGCUCACAAUGUUUCACACUCAUCUGGGUCUGAAGUCUUUCGGGAGGCCUGGUGUUUUCUUGUAAUGGUGCUGUCAUUUCUGGUCAACACACGAAGUGUCUUCGUUUUCAGUACUUGCUGAUUAAUUCUCUAGUAAAAUGAAUAAAAUCCUUUCUGCUUCAAA